AUGAAUUACAACAUGGAUGAGCUGGAAGCCACCCGGUUGCUGCGGAACCCCCGUCGCUGGUGGAGCAGUGGACCCAGACGCAUUGUGGCCAUCUCAGUGCUGGUCAUCAUCACCCUGCUCUUCUCCCUGAUCUAUCAUGGUCUUGUGGUGGAGAGAAUGGAUCGAGUCCAGCAGAUAGCCGCCCUGAAUGCCGAGCAUCGGUUGAUGGCCAAUCAGCCCUUCGAGGAGGAGGACUCUCUUAUCGUGAGUCCUCAGACACUGCACUUUAAGCUGCUGGACGAUGAGAUUAACAAGGAUGCGCAUAGGAAGCGCAUGAAGAACCUGCUGGUCAAGUUCCGGUGGCAAAAGAAGCAUCGCUCGGCUAGGGAGUUGCCUCGCUUGGAUCUAGAUCUCGAUCCUGUGGCCAUGGAGGCUAAUAUGCAGAGCCUCUACUCAAAGCUGAGAAGCAAGCGGGCUAGGGAAGUGCUCAGCCAGCUGGAGACCGAGUUUGUGCGCUGCAAGAAGCACACUCCGCACGACUGCAUGUCCGCCUUCCUGCGCAUGUACAAGAUGGCCCGGGAGGUGGCCGAGAAAAUGGAGAAGAUGAAGGAGAUUAUGCGGGAGCAGCAGCCCAUGAUAGAGUCGGAGAGCGAGGAUACCAGCGAACAAUGGAGGGGUACCUUUGCUCCUGCGGAUCUGACGCAGGAUCAGGUGGUCACUGUGCCCACGCCAGCGGAAAAUACCACUGAGAAGCCCCAAAGAGUGAAGAUAAAACCGGCUAGAAUCAGUUGGAUUAUCGAUGGACACGAUCAUGAUGGUAGUGAGGUAUACACGGACGAUGUGACAGCCAAAACGACGACCACUAAGGAGCCGGUUACAAACAGUACUAGGAAAGUAGUAAAAGAGGAUACAGUCACCAAGGAAACGCCAAUGGAAAGCUCCACAGAGCGGAUUAGCUGGAUUCUGGAUCACUUUGACAAGCCCAAGGAGAUAGUACGCACCACUGAGCGACCAGGACAGCGCAGCACACGAGAUGUAACCACCACAGGGCCGGGUUACCAGCCAAAUUCCAUGGAAACUGAAUCAACAGAGAGGAAUAAGGAGCAGGCAAGCACCAUCACCACAGAGGCACCUGGAAUAUUCACCACAGAAGGACCUCUAUCAACCACCACAGAGGAAGCCAUAUCCGCCAGCACCCCACCCAAGCAGGAGAAGUUAAACAUUGAAUGGAUUAUAGAUGGCAAGGAGGAUGAAGCUCCCAACAAGACUAGGAUUAGCACCUUGACGCCUGAAACCACCACCGAGGCCAUCAUUAUCAGCACCACUGCAGGACAGCGGAAGCUGCAGUUUGACUGGAUCAUAGAUGGAGAUGAGGUGAUAGAGCAGCAGGACAACGGCACCACUAGCACCACCACACUGACUAUUAGCACCACGGAAUCCCUUGAAACUAAACCAAACUCUACCACCAAGCCGCCGCCAGUUAAGAUCAGCUGGAUUAUUGAUGGCAAUGAAGCCAGCUCUGAACUCAACAGCAGCAGCAGCAGUUCCACCAUUCAACCCAGGGAGGCCACCCCACGGUCCGUGCAUCCCCUGGACAAUCCCACCAGCAUUGAGAACAUGCUGGAGAGCUUCGAGCGGCACGAGCAAGACAAACCCAAGCUCAAGGUGCUAAAGGCGAAUGAAUCCUCGCAGGAAGAGCACGACGAUGUCUCCGAGCGGCAGUUGUGGCUAAAGAAAUUCGAGGAUGAGGCCAGGCCAAAUCAGGAUGAGCUGAUAGACACCUUUGGAACGGCCCUAGAUGCCAAGGCGAUGGACCAAAUGGGACCCAAAAUUAAUCCGCUCAACGGGCAUGUCUGGAAUGCUGCCGAUGCCCAGAUCCUCAGCCUGUGCGAGCGCGUGGCCUUGAAGCUGCGUAACAAGGCAGCUGGUGAGACCAAGGAGAAGGGCGAAACCUUCACCGCCUCGCCCAGUGUACAGUUUACGAGUCGAGCUCCCGGCGGCUUUCCCGUUUCCGGGGAAACCAUGAAGGCCUCGGCGCAGUUUAUGUUUAAUCCCAACUUUGGCAUGAUGCCCAGCAUACCAGUGUGCUUCUACAUGACGCCGGCCAACUUCCGGAUGCCCAUGUGGUCGGCCUCGCCCUCGUUUAUGGGCAUGCAGGGAGGAGGUCACUUUGGGGGAGCCGCCAACAACGGCGGAGGUAUUUUCUUUGUGCCGCAGCAGUUUGGACCAAGUGGAAACUUCUUUGGUGGAAGCGGAGGCUCUGGAGCCGGUGGCCAGGGUGCCAAUAUCUUCUCGAAGAAUGCCUCGCCGCAAAAGCUCUCCAAUGGCCAGCAGCAGGUGUAUUGCAGCUACAUGCAGAACCAGCAGGGUCAAUCGCAGAGCUCCUCCAACUCCCAGCAGCAGCAGCAGCAACCAGGAGGAAGUUCCGCUGGUUUCUCCAAUGCCAACUUCAAGAUGCGCCAUGCCAAUCAGUCGAGUUCGGGCCAUCAGCAGAUCAUAUACGCCAGUUAUGCGGGGUUGCCGCAGCAAGCGCCCAGCCAGGACCUGGCCAGGUGUCCCGAACCAGGUCAGGUGGGCUGCUUUGGCCGGGAGAAGGAGUGCAUUCCCGCUGAGAGAUGGUGCGACAAUGUGGUGGACUGUUCGGAUGGCAGUGACGAGUCCGCCUGCACCUGCGCGGAUCGGUUGGACGAGGAGCGUCUGUGCGAUGGCUAUGCGGAUUGUCCCAUGGGCGAGGACGAGCUGGGCUGCUUUGGCUGCGAGCCGUUGGCCUACUCCUGCUACGAGAACCUGGAGGAGUAUGAGCAGCACAAUCGUUCAUUAAUUUCCAUGUGCUACAAUCGCCAGGAGCGCUGUGAUGGCUUCCUGAACUGCCUGAAUGGCAGAGAUGAAGAGCAGUGCAGCAUGCUGGUCAUAGAUAUAGCGGAUCAUAUGUCCCAUGCCGCCUCUGCCUCCGAGGGCUUUUUGUAUCACAAUCAUCGCGGUGACUGGCAUCCGGUGUGCAACAAUGGUGAAAAGUGGGCAGCCGCCGCCUGCGAACUGGAUGGAUUGGAUCCCUCGGCAGCUACGCUCAAUGUGAGCUUCAGAGCCUUGACUCUGCCGGGUCCCUUUAUAGAGCCUUCCCUGCAUGCUGGCGUACUCUUUGCCCAGGCCUGUCACGGACGCAAUGGCCAUGACUCCCUGGUGGAUCAUGUGGCCUAUGUCAAGUGUCCGCCCAUGCAGUGUGGCGUGCCCAAGAACACCACCAAGACGAGGACACAGCACUCCAAGAGAGUGAAGAGAGCAACAGGAGAUUCCCAAGAAAUCCUGGGCGAAGGACGCAUUGUGGGAGGCAGUUAUUCUACUGCCCUCCAGUGGCCAUUUGUGGUGGCCAUUUAUAGGGAUGGCAAGUUCCACUGUGGCGGAACCAUUUACUCGGAGCGAUGGAUCAUCAGCGCUGCUCAUUGCGUCAUUAAUUUUGGCAAAUACUUUUACGAGGUGCGUGCGGGACUCUUGAGGCGUUCUAGUUACUCCCCGGCCACCCAAAUCCAGCCCGUGUCCCAUGUGGUGGUCCAUCAGGCCUACGAGAGGAGGAGCAUGCGCAACGAUCUCUCCCUGCUGAGACUGGCCAGGCCGCUGCACUUUAAUCGCUGGGUGAAGCCCAUCUGCUUGCCGGACAAGGGAAGGACAACGCUGGGCGAGGAUUGGAUCUGGGGACCCGAGGAGCACACCCUGUGCACUGUGGUGGGAUGGGGGGCCAUCAGGGAGAAGGGUCCCAGCAGUGAUCCCCUCCGCCAGGUGGUGGUUCCCAUACGCAAACGCUGCACAGAUCCCGAGGAUCAGGCUUCCGAGGACAUUUGUGCUGGCGAUCCCAGUGGAGGACGCGAUGCCUGCCAGGGAGACUCUGGUGGUCCGCUCUUCUGUCGCAGCUUGGCCCGGCCGGAGGAACACUAUCUCGCUGGCGUGGUGAGUCACGGCAACGGCUGUGCUCGUCCCAAGGAGUUUGGUGUCUAUACGCGGGUGACUCUCUACCUGGACUGGCUGGAAAUGGCCACCACACCGAGGCUGCUGCCCACACGCCAGCCCCUGCAAAUGUGUCCUGGCUUUAUAUGCGUCUGGGGCGGCAAGCGUUGCAUAGCCAAGCGGCAGAGAUGUGACCGCAAUGUGGAUUGCCUGGGCGGAGAGGAUGAGGUGGGUUGCAGCUACAACUUUAUACCCGAUAUGGUGGGUGGAGUGCAACAGAAUGUGAGCAGCACCACGGAGAGUGACUAUCAUCCGGAGAGUAAAAUGCGUGAGGUUAUACCCAUUGAGGAUGAGGAUUUGGAGGCGGAACAGGAUGAGGAGGAGCAGGAGGAGGAGGAGAGUACUACUUCUGACGAUGAAAGGGAAUUUUCUCUGCCUGAAGAUGUUACUUCAACGACUGCUGGCAUGGAUUCAUCUACAAAUGAGUUAAAUCUUGAACCAAGUACUCCAGAUAUUGAUUCAUCUACAAGGGAAACCACCAUCAUAUCAUCUUCUACUCUUGUUACCACAACAAUGUCAUCAUUUACACUUCCCUCCACUACAAUUGCUUCAUCUACAAAUUCUGGGGAUGGUUUAGAAACCACUUUGACACCUCCUACACUCACAAUACCCACUUCCACGGAGGAUUUAAAAAAGCUUAGCGACUUGGUAACCCAGUUUAUGGAGGAGAGCUCUACGGUUAAUGAUCUAGAAACAAGUACCUCAACCUUGGCCACCACAGAAACUGCCAGUGAAGCUACAACCAAGGAGGAGGAUAAGGAAACUACAGACACAGAGACCACAACCACAGCAAGCAGCAGCAGCACGGCCAGCUUUACCACAAGUGGUAUCACCACAACUACUAUCACCACAACAGCAAUAGUUUCAACUGAGGGGCCUGUAGCAACCACCACCACCUUGCCACCCACCUCAGCCACCACGAAAUCUACAUUUACCCACAAAGAACAAAUGAAAAUACCCAACAAGUUUGUGUGCAAAAAAAUGCCUCAAAUAGUGGACAUUCAGAUGCGCUGUGAUCGCAAGGCGGACUGUGAAGAUGGAACCGAUGAGCUGGACUGUUCCUGCAAAGACUAUUUGAGCGGCAGUCUCAAGAGUCUUAUAUGCGAUGGCAAAGAGGAUUGCGAGGAUCAUACAGAUGAGCAGGAUUGCGGUGGUUGCCAGGCCAACGAGUUCCGCUGCCCUUUGUCUAAGACCUGUCUGCCUUUGAGCAAGCGAUGCGACAAUCAAGUGGAUUGCAGGUUCAAGGAGGAUGAAAAGGAUUGCUUUGCCCUCACCAAUGGCCACGAUGUGCACUUUGAUGUCCAUCAGCAGCCCAAGUUCAGCAGUGCUGGCAUCUUCUCCCGCAAUGGGCAUGGCGUGUGGCGUGUGGUCUGUGCCCACGAGACGGGCUAUCAUGAACACCAAGCCCAUACAGCAGAUGCAGUGUGUGCACUCCUGGGCUUUAAAGGAGCCCACUAUUUCAACAGUUCCGCCUUUGUGAACCAACAGGAGAUGCACCCCAUAACACCCGAGUUGAAGAACAGCCGGAACUUUGCUCAGCUUCGUUCCAUGGUGGCAGACAACAUACAGAUGACAGAGAACGAAAUCAUCAUACCAGAGCUGGGUCAUCCCUCCGCCUCGAGGCCCGAGAAGGAUCGUCUGCUGCCCAACAAGUGCCUGGGCAUCUACGUGGAGUGCAAUCCCCUGGCAAACAAGACCACGCCCCUGAAGACCCUCAGUGCUGGGCAGGCUAUCAUUCCGAAGCCCAAGGAGCAGGUUCCUCUGCUGCUGCCCACCAUUGAGACGCACAGCCGACCGAAUGUGCACUUUAAGCCGCAGAUACCCCCGGUUGUUGUAAAAAAGAAGGAUGAGAUCCUAGAUCGACUGGAGACCCUCAUCAAGAGCAAGAAGAACACGACGCUGCUGGUGAACGAACAGCUGCACGAGGCCAUCGAGGAGCUGCACUGGCCCUGGCUGGCGGAUGUCUACCUAAACAGCGAGCUCUGGUGCAUUGGUGUGCUCAUCGACAAGCACUGGCUGCUGGUCCACGAGAGCUGCCUGGCGGGUAUAAGCCUGGACACGGACUACAUGAGCGCCUUGCUGGGCGGCGGCAAGACCAAGAGGUCCCUCCACAAGAGCAAUCACGAGCAGAUACGGCGAGUGGACUGCUUCGAACCGGUUCCCAAGUCAAAUGUGCUGCUCCUCCAUCUGGAGCAGGCAGUGCGCUUCACCCACCAUGUGCUGCCCACCUUUUUGCCGGACAGCACUCAUCACGACCACAGCGCCCCGAGGGACUGCAUCAGUGUGCUGCACGACGAUCUCACUGGUCGCAUCAAAACGGUGGCCAUUGUGCGAGCCUCUAACGAUGCCAGCUGCGAGUCCUGCUACAAAUUGCAGGAGAAGCAGCCGCCGGUGAAUUUGAUGCGCCUGCUGAAUGUGAGUGCCGAGGACAUGGCCUCCAUUUCGGAGGAGGUGGAGCUCAUUAACGCCGUGGCCCCCACCGAGCUGCCGGCCAUAACCAAGUUCACCAGCUGCCAACAGUUUGGUUUGAAGAAUGUCAGCGAUUCGCACAUCAAUCCCAGCGACCAGGGCGUGUUGGUCUGUCGGGAUGCGCACUCGGGCUGGUUCCCCACGGCCCUGUUUAGCUACAACAACACGGAUUGCCAAAGUUUCAAGCAGCCAUUCGGCAUUCGGACUUUGGAAAUGGCCUACAAAUCAUUGCAGGACAUUAUAGAAAAACCUAACUGCCAGAACCCCAGGUCCGCUCCUCACUGCCCCACCCAUCGUUGCCCCUUGGGCCUGUGCCUGCCCCAGGAGGCCAUCUGUAAUGAGCGUCCGGAUUGCCAUGAUGGCAGCGACGAGGUGGAAACCAAGUGCCGCCAGCUAAAGCAGCGCUGUGCUCCUGGCGAAAUGAAGUGCCGCUCUAGCUUCAAGUGCUUGCCGAAAAACAAGUUUUGUGAUCACAUUCCCGACUGCGAGGACAUGACGGAUGAGCCUACGAUUUGCAGUUGCUUCACCUAUUUGCAAGCCACUGAUCCCUCGAAAAUAUGCGAUGGCAAGCGGAACUGUUGGGACAAGAGCGAUGAGAGUUCGGUGCUGUGCAAUUGCACGGCAGAUCACUUCCAAUGCAGUUCCUCUCCUGCUGACUGCAUUCCCCGUGAUUUUGUCUGCGACAAGGAAAACGACUGUCCCAAUGGGGAAGACGAGCGUUAUUGCUUUGGCAUUGAGCAUCCUUUGCAGCAGCAAAAGAAGGAUUUCUGGGCCAACAGUCAGCACACGCAACCCGAGAAAGCCCCGCAGUAUGGCCAGGUCAUUGAACAGACCUAUGGCAUUUGGCACACGAAAUGCUUUCCCAAAAGCAAACCCCCGCAUUUGGACGAAGUGCGUGAGAUAUGCAGAAAGCUGGGCUACAAUCCCUACAGGCAGCCCAGCUAUCGGCUGAUUGACGAUGCCGAGAACAAGGCUGUGCACACCUACGAGACGGCAGAUAGGCGGGGACGCAGCUUCAGCAACGAGACUUUGGUGGGGAAGUACCGGGAGGCCACCAAGGCUCGGAUUGUUAGUAAAUUCUCGCCGCUGCAGCUUAACGAGCGGCUGACGCUCUUCCUCAAGUCGAGUCGACCCAUUGCCGAGCUGGUGCGUUGGAAUGCCACCGAUUCCAGCCUGUGCUACCGGCUGGAGAUUCGAUGUGCCUAG